AUGGUUUCAAUUAUUACUGAUCGUACUGCCAAAGCUAUUGAAUCAAUCAUAUCGAAUGAACAAAAAUCGAAAUCUGCUGAUUUACAAGUUUUAUUCAAUGCAUUGACAUUAUCUAUUAUUGCAUCAAGUGCAUUUGGUACAGAUUUUGAAACAAAUACUCAUGCAAAAGAUGUAAUCUCUCGAACAUUUGCUCAGUUACUUGAUAUCACGGAAUAUCGAUCGAUGUAUAUGAUAAAUCAAAUACCUUUUCUUUCACGAUUACCUUUUUGGGGUAAAAAGAUUCUCGAUGAAGGAAACCGCAAGGUCGCCGAAUUCGUUGAUCAAAUCAUUACUGAUCGUCGACAAGGACAAUCAUCGAGUUUGUCAAAUGGUCCUGAUCUUCUUGAUUUAUUACUUUCAGCUGUUGAUGAUGAAGGAAAAUCAUUCAAUGAUCAAGAAAUUAAAGAACAAUCUCUUGCUUUUGUAUUUGCUGGUAGUGAGACAACUGGAAAUCUAAUGGUAUGGAUGUUAUAUGUUUUAAUGACAAAUGAAAAUGUUUUACAAGCAUGUCGUGAAGAAGUUGAUCGAGUUUUACCAAAUGGUAUAGAACUUACGAAUGAACAUUUACAAGAUUUACUAGUAUGUGAAGCAGUCAUCAAUGAAACACUUCGUCUUUAUCCACCAGUACCAUUCUUCCCACGCCACUGUAUACGCGAACAUAUGAUUGGUACUGAACAUCAAAUGCGUAUGCCAAAAGAUGCAAUUAUCUUUGUUAAUAGCUAUGUUCUUCACCGUCGAAGUGAUAUGUGGCCUCGAGCACUUGAAUUUGACUAUACUCGAUGGAUGCGUGAUCCUAAAACUGGUCUCAAACCAAAAUUACCUCAUCCAUAUGCUUAUCUUCCUUUCGCUGCUGGACCACGUAAUUGUAUUGGACAAAACUUUGCAUUAUUAGAAGCUAAAAUCAUGUUAGCUAUGUUUAUACAACGAUGUAAUUUCGACUUAGUACCAGGACAAAAGAUUGUACCUGAGAUUAAAAUAACCAUGCGACCAAAAUAUGGAUUAUGGACUAACAUUUUAUAUCCAGCAAAAAAAAUAUACGAUGUAUUUCGUGCACAAGGUAUUUGUGGAGAACCAUUUAUACCGUUAUUUGGCCAGCUUUCUGAACUCAGAAAACAACGCAACAAUGAUGCAUCCAUGAUUUAUCAUGAAGAACUAGUGAAAAAACAUGGAAAUGUUUACCUAUUCGGUCUUGGUCCUCUUACACAUCUUGUUGCCAAUGAACCAGAUUUACUUGCUGAUGUAUUCAGUAGAAAUAAGGCAUCUAAUUACACGAAAACUGUAGAAUUUAGUGGAGUGUUUGUACCGUUAAUUGGUUCUCAUAAUUUAUUAGUGGCUGAAGGUAGUGAACAUGAACGAGCUCGUCGAAUGAUUAAUCCAGCAUUUUAUCAUGUUAACCUUAAGUCUAUGGUUUCAAUUAUUACUGAUCGUACUGCCAAAGCUAUUGAAUCAAUCAUAUCGAAUGAACAAAAAUCGAAAUCUGCUGAUUUACAAGUUUUAUUCAAUGCAUUGACAUUAUCUAUUAUUGCAUCAAGUGCAUUUGGUACAGAUUUUGAAACAAAUACUCAUGCAAAAGAUGUAAUCUCUCGAACAUUUGCUCAGUUACUUGAUAUCACGGAAUAUCGAUCGAUGUAUAUGAUAAAUCAAAUACCUUUUCUUUCACGAUUACCUUUUUGGGGUAAAAAGAUUCUCGAUGAAGGAAACCGCAAGGU